AUGGAGAAAAACACUCUGGGUGCUGGCGGCUCACAUAAUCUGCGGGAUGGCCAGUACCAGUAUGAGCCGCUGAUCGCAGAGGACGCAGUACGCAUCCUGGUUCUGGAGGCAGCCGACGAUUUUGAGUCACCGCUUCGUUGUUCCAUUAUCCAACGCGGGCGAGAUUCCCAGUCACGCAGUGCGAGUGGUUGCGAGUACUCGGCUGUGUCGUACACAUGGGGUGACUGUGAGCUCUCCCAUCAGCUGUUCGUCAGACACGACGCUCAGUCAUGGCACUGUCUUCACAUCACAGCAAGCGUCGACUCACUGCUUCGUCAUCUUCGGGUGUCAUAUAAGCCAAAGCUUUUAUGGAUUGAUGCCAUAUGUCUCAACCAAAAGGACGAGACUGAAAAGACUCAGCAGAUUCCCCUGAUGGGACGCCUUUACAGCGACGCGAAACGGGUUCAUAUAUGGCUGGGCGAUACCGAAGUCGAAGAGGCCGCUCGAGCAUUUGCUAUCUUCCGUUCCAUCGAGCGUGAGCAGGAACCGAAGUUUGACGAGGCAGAGAGAAUGUGCCUGGCCGAAUUCUUCACACGACCAUGGUUUAAGAGACGCUGGAUCAUACAGGAGGCAGUCUUCUCGCAUGAUGCUAUAUUCCGUCGCGGAUCCCAUACAUUGAGCCUUUCGCGGGUGAUGCUCGUUCUGAGGAAGACCUAUGGCGUCGGGGAUGAUGCCCUGAUGGCAUAUGGCUCGCGAAUGCUCUUGUCAAGCGACGGCCUCGCCAACAUGCUUCGCAGGCGGGACCAAGCAGCCGACAAGCCCUGGAGAGAUAUGUCAUCCUACAUGAAGGAGAUUGACAAAGUAGUGCAAGCCCACCGAGUCAAUCCCGCUGCCUUGAGCGCUGCACACGAGAUGGUCAUCCAAGAUAUCAGCUCCAGCCUGCGCCAUGCAGCAAUAUUGGAGAUCCAGACGAUGGCGGGAUCCUACUGGGCGACUGGACCGCCGAAUUCGCGUGUUGGCGACUGGGUUGUACCGAUGAUGUUCAGAGGGGCAAGCCAAUUUGUACCAAUAAUGUGUCUCAGGCCGAUCAACUUGACGAAAGCCGAGGAGCCGCGGCAGAUCCCUUCUACCACUGAUAUGAACCAACGCUGUCUACGCUUCUUCUCGAGCGGAAGCAUCGCGGAAGUUGGUUGUCUGCAUGUUAUUGCGAGGUUCGUUGGGCCUGCGAGCCGUGAUAAGGAGCGACGUUAUACGCUCGGCACCGGGGCAGACAAUGAGAUCAUGCUGGAUAUAAUAAUGCGGGCUAAUGAAGUGGCCAGGGGCAAAGGUCUACCAGGUCCUAUUGUCUUCGACAUCGUCUGA